UAUUUUGACAGCUGCAUGACUGGUUGAUUUUGUUUGUAGUGAGACGGUUGUUUAGGAGAUUGAUUUGCCGCAUUGCAAAAAGUUUUUAUUUUUGCAUUUUUAAAUAAAAUUAGAGUUUUCUCCGCUUGUAUUCUCAGCCAUUAAGAAGUAAUUAUGUCUCGCGGAAGUUCUGCUGGUUUCGAUAGACACAUUACUAUUUUCUCGCCUGAAGGAAGACUAUAUCAAGUCGAAUAUGCCUUCAAGUCCAUCAACCAGGAAGGUAUUACCUCGGUAGCCAUAAAGGGUGCAGAUUGUGCUGUGGUUGCCACUCAAAAAAAGGUGACGGAGAAAUUGAUUGAUCCUUCUACCGUGACACAUUUGUUCAGAAUCACCAAAAAUAUUGGAUGUGUAAUGACCGGACGUAUUGCCGAUAGCAGAUCCCAGGUGCAAAAGGCACGUUAUGAAGCUGCCAAUUGGCGUUACAAAUUCGGCUACGAUAUGCCAGUGGAUGUUUUGUGCCGUCGCAUUGCUGAUAUAAAUCAAGUUUAUACUCAAAAUGCUGAAAUGCGUCCCUUGGGUUGCAGUAUGACUCUCAUAGCAUAUGACGACGAAAAGGGCCCCUGUGUAUAUAAAACCGAUCCAGCUGGUUACUAUUGUGGAUACCGUGCCAUUUCUGUAGGUGUCAAACAAUUGGAGGCCAACAGUUAUUUGGAAAAGAAAUACAAACCCAAUCUUAACGAAGAGAAAACCAUUCAAAUGGCCAUAACCUGUUUGUCCAAUGUUUUGGCCGUUGAUUUCAAGCCUAAUGGCAUCGAAAUUGCGGUUGUUAGCAAGGAGCGUCCCGAGUUUACAGUGCUAAGUGAAAAGGAAAUUGAAGACCACUUAACCAAAAUUGCUGAGAAGGAUUAAAUUUUGGAACAGUCGCAUUUGAAAUGAGACUGCAAAAACAACUGUCAUCUUUUAAUACGCAUAAGUUCUUUUUUAAUUUGUAAAACAAAAAUUUAAUGGAAUCUGGAUAAGAAAUCAGAAGAAAA